AUGGGGUAUUCUGUGAGAGAAGAUGUGUGGUGGGGGAGGGCCAUAACCAUAUUCAUAUUACUAUUAGGGUUUAAUGGAGAAAGUGAGGGGUGCUUGAAAGAAGAGAGAGAAGCUCUUCUGAAAUUGAAAGAAGCUUUCAAUUAUCCAAAUGGCUCUUCUCUUCCUUCUUGGAAUAACCAAACCUUCUCUGCAGAUUGCUGCACUUGGGAGGCUGUGAAGUGUGACAACUCCACUCAUAGAGUCAUAAGCCUUUAUCUGAACAAUACAAGACCUUAUAAGUUGAGACACGUCAACGGGUCACUCAAUGCUUCUUCUUUUCUUCCUUUCAACCAACUUCAACAAUUGCAUCUGUCUGGAAACUACUUGUCAGGGCUGUUUGGCGAUAUCAGACUGGCGAACCUGGAAGUGUUGGCUUUACACACGAAUAUGCUCACAGAAUUCCCAUAUCUUGGUACUAAAUCUCUGUCCUUUGUAUUCUUUUAG